AUGGACAAAUCUUGGAAUACAAUGUCACGAAACUCACUCGCGUAUGACCAAGGUGUUAAGAACUUAAUUGAAUUUGCUUUCUAUCAUGGUUCAGUUAAUGAUAUGAUACUAUGUCCAUGUCCUAAGUGUAGAUUUAGUAAAGGUCAAAAUCGUGCCGAGAUAUACGAUCAUCUAAUUUGCAAGCAAUUUCCAAAAGGGUAUACAAUUUGGUAUCUUCACGGAGAGUCCCACCCUCAAGAAACAACUAGUGUUCCAAGCAACAUCGCAGUUGAUUCACAAAGAAAUGCUUUUGCUGAAGACCCAAUCAGGGAUAUGGUAAAUGAUGCUUUUGGAGUACAUGAACCUAUUUCAGAUGAAGGCUUCCACACAGUAAAUGAAGGGGUCAGACAAAUAUAUGAAGAAAUACUAAAUGUGAACCAAACUAGGAAUGCAACAGAUGAGUUUUAUGAGUUAUCAAAUGAUGGUCAACAACCUCUUUAUGAAGGGUGUGAAAAUUAUUCAAAGCUAUCAUUCAUAUUGAAAUUGUACCACAUCAAGUGUCUAUGUGGGAUGAGUGAUAAGGCCAUGACAAUGAUAUUAGAGUUGCUACGUGAUACAUUUCCCCAUAUAAAAAUUCUAAGCUCUUUUUAUGAUGCAAAGAAAACCAUCACAAAGCUUGGAUUGAACUAUGAUAAAAUACAUGCAUGCCCAAAUAAUUGCAUGCUUUAUUGGGGUAACACAGAAGAUGAAGGGAGACAAAAUUGCAAAAUUUCUAAUACUUCUAGGUGGAAGGAAAGGAAGGAUGGCUCAGAUGUGUUAUCCAAAGGAAAUGAUAUAGAUGUCUACUUACAACCUCUAAUACGGGAGUUAAAAGAGUUGUGGUACAAUGGUGUUGAUACAUACGAUUCAUAUGCACAUGAAAUGUUCAAAAUGCAUGCUGCUUUGAUGUGGGCAAUUAGUAACUACCCUAGUUUGGGCAAUUUAUCUGGGUGGAAUGUCUAUACUAGACGUGCUUUUAUACAUUGCAAUUAUGCAUCUGAUCCUUGUCACUUGCCUCAUAGCAGGAAAUGGUGUUUCAUGGGCCAUCGACGCUUUCUUGAUGGUGGUCAUAAAUUUAGACUAAACAGGAUCAGAUUUAAUGGAGAACAAGAGUUACGCACUCCUCCUAAGUUAUUAUCAGGUGAAGAAAUUUUUGAGCAAGUUAAGGACAUUGAUGUCACAUUCGGCCGGCCAAUGGGUAGUCUUGUAAGGGGGAAAAGAAGACGUGGUGCAAAUGUCAUGCAUAUAGAGAAGAAUGUGUGUGAUAAUGUUCUUUUUACAUUGUUGAAUGACAGUUCUCGCUCAAAAGAUCAUCUCAAUGCUCGCAAGGAUCUAAAAGAUAUUGGCUGCAAACAUGACUUAUGGCCAGAUGAAAAUCUGAAGUUUGCUCCAACUGUCUAUACAAUGAAUAGCAAUGGGGAAGUGAAGCGUCAAAAAAUGCGAGCAAUUGGCAUAUACUCUCUUCCUCCAAGAGAAAAAGUUGUUGUGGAAUGGAAUUCUUGA